CCCAACACCUGCGCGCAAGUGCACUCAUCAUCCAUCUGAGGGGCUCGCUCAACUUCCUCUGUGCGCGUGGAUGUCAACCGCGGGAAACUCGGUAACGAAAAGAGAUCACUACUCCCCAGUCUGUCCUGUGAAAUGUUCCGUUAACCUCCGGGUGGAUGAGCUCUGAGAUGAACGGUCCGCGGAGAGUCAAACUGUUUCUUCUUUCGUGGUAUUCAGUCCUCCAGCUGCUGACAGCACAAGAAGCUCAGAGCCAACUGACAGAGACAGACGGAAGACUUCAGAGGAGGGCUAAUGCACUGCGGAGGAAACGGGAUCUCCUAGGGGAGGAGACAUUCAGUCCUCUUCUCUCUGAAGCAGCUCUCCCUCGCAGUGUUCUACAUAAUUACACGGCCCGCGAUGCCUCCUCAGAGUACUGUGACUGUCUGAAUGGGGGCUGGUGUCAGGAGGGGGGCGUGUGUGACUGUGCACAGUUCCAGGCCCUCGGAGACCGCUGCCAGAUCAUUCCUAACCAGGGCCAGGACAGAGAUGGGAUAUGCAGGUCUUGGGGUCAGUACCACUAUGAGACGUUCGAUGGCAGCUACUUCUACUACCCUGGAACCUGCUCCUACAUACUGGCCCAGGACUGCCGCUCAGCCACACCACAGUACACAGUGUGGGUCCAUAACAGCCGUAUGUGUGAGGGCAGUGUGUACUCCUGUCCCAGGGCUCUCAGUCUCUUCUUCCCCAACGAGGAGGAGAUCCACAUCUCUGGAUACCAAGUCCACCAGGGGGGUCGCAGGCUGAUCCUACCCCAGACUAUAGGAGGUGUGUUUAUAGAGCGUUUGGCUGACUACCUGCUGGUGAAGAGCGUGUUUGGCUUCUCUCUGGCGUGGGACGGGGGGAGCGGAGUAUAUCUGAAGAUGUCUGAACAGCACCAUGGCACCCCCUGUGGCCUCUGUGGGAACUACAACAACCUGCCCAACGAUGACCUCACCACAGCCCGCGGUGUGCAGACAGAGGAGCCAGCAGUGUUUGCUAACAGCUGGUCAGUCGAUCUGCCCCAUGAAAGAGGCUGCCCUCUAGUGGACAUAGACUUCACUGGACCCUGCCACUCUGAGUCUGACAUGGACAACAUCGACCCAAACCCCUACGUGGCCAGCUGUGUCUCCGACCUCUGUGUGUCAGAUGAGGAGGAGACGUUUUGCCGUGCGCUGGUGGAGUACACACGAGCCUGCAGCCAUGUAGGAUACCCUGUACGAGAGUGGAGAGACAGCUUCCCUUCCUGCAGGUUGAUUCUGCAGAAUGGGACGUGUAUCGCUGUGUCUCAGUGUCCUUGUGUCUACCACGGCACCUCAUACACACAGGGACACACUCUGGAGCAGGGCUGCAGCGUCUGUGUGUGUAUGGGGGGAGUGUGGAACUGCACGGACAACAACUGUACAGCGGAGUGUUCAGUAGUAGGUGACGUGUUUGUGACAUCGUUCGAUGGGAGGAUGUUCCUGCAGCCAGGAGCGUGUCAGUACGUCUUGGCCAAGAGCCGCAGCGGCAGCAGAUUCACUGUUACACUGCAGUAUACCACCUGCACAAAGGCCCAGCAGCAGGUGUGUAUCCAGUCAGUGACGGUGGUUCUGGAUGAAGAUGUUAAUCACCAGGUGACUCUGACCCGAGAGGGGGAAGUGCUUAUUGGGGUCAACCCCGCCCCCGCUUUGCCCUACACCGGUGAUGUAGUUGAGGUACGGAGGUUAACGGCAGUGUUCGUCCAGCUGAGGACGUUGCUUGGACUGCGUCUGCAAUAUGACGGGCGUGGUGGGCGUGUCUAUCUACAGCUGGACAGCCAAUGGCGCAGCAACACCCUGGGCCUUUGUGGAACCUUCAACGGAAACCUGCGGGAUGACUUCCUGUCUCCAGCAGGGAUGAUAGAGGGGACUCCCCAGCUCCAUGCUAACUCCUGGAGAGUCUCAUCUGCUUGCUCCGCCCCCGUCAACCAGCCCAUCAUUGACCCCUGUGAGAUAAAUCAGCACAACGUGUUCUACGCCUCUCUGUGUGAGGUGUUGUUGGGCAGUGUGUUCUCUCCAUGCCAUGGUUACGUCAGUUCCAGUGUGUACCAGCAGCAGUGUCGCUACCAGGCCUGUCGCUGUGGUAACGCCUGUCUAUGUACGGCCCUGGCCCACUAUGCCUAUCUCUGCUCCAAACACAAUGUUACUGUCAACUACAGGGCCCACGUCUCAGAGUGUGGGAUGGUGUGUUUGGGUGGGAUGCUGUACCAGUCCUGUGUGUCAUCCUGCGGUGGAUCAUGCCGCUCCCUCUCCAGUGGAGAGACCUGUAACCAUGACGACUGUGCUGAGGGGUGUGGCUGCUCUGAGGGCAGUUACUACGACGACGUACGACAACGCUGCGUUCAGCCGUCGCAGUGUCAUUGUUACUCUAUUGGAGGGGUGUCCCAGCCAGGGGAGGUGUCCUUCAGCACCACAGGCCCUUGCCUGUGCAGGAAUGGAAGGAUGGAGUGUGUACCAGAAGAAAGAGAGCCGGAGCGAGGCCAGUGUCCAGAGGGAAAGGUGUUCCACAGCUGCUCUGAGCCCCAGAGGUUACACGGGUUCCAGGGGUCGCCGGCCUGGCGAGGAGGUGUGGCCUGUGAGCUCACCUGUCGGAACCUGAUGUUGAAUCUGACCUGUCCUCCCACCACACCCUGCAUACCUGGCUGUGUCUGCCCACAAGGGCUGGUGCUGCACCGUGGGGAAUGUUACUACCCAGAGAACUGUCCCUGUGCCUGGCUGGGCCUGGAGUAUCUGCCAGGAGAGACUGUCGACACCCCCUGUUACAGAUGUGUGUGUCACCGGGGGUAUUUUAACUGUAGUCACAGUCCGUGUCCGGCUGUGUGUACGGUCUACAGUGACAGACACUACCACACCUUCGACGGCCUGGAGUACGACUACCACUCAGAAUGUCAGGUCUACCUACUCAAGAGUAUAGAUGGUGAGGUGUCCAUCGUGGCCCAGAAUAAGGAUUGUUAUCAGAGUGGGAUCAUCUGUAUGAAGAUGCUGGUCAUCCAUGUUGGAUUCACCAAGAUCUACUUCAACGACAACUCAGGCCAGCCUAGUCCAUCCAGUGUGGUAGGUAAGGGGUCCGAAUUUGAGCUGUGGUCAGCAGGCUACUACACAGCAAUCCACUUUCCCUACCAGGACCUAACCAUUCUCUGGGACCGCAAGACGACCGUACACAUCAGAGUUGGACCACAUUGGAAGGGUCUCCUGAGUGGUCUGUGUGGGAACUUUGACAGUGUGACAGUGAAUGACAUGACCACAUCCAGCCACAUGGAGGUCAGCAAUGCUCAGGGCUUCGGAGACAGCUGGGCCCUGGGACAGUGUGAGAGUGACUAUGUGGUGAAGAGAGCGUGUGAAGGAGACCUGGGUAGACAGCCGUACGCCAAGAGAGAGUGUGCUCUACUCUACAGUGAUGUCUUUACUCCCUGUCACAAUGUGGUGGAUGUCUCAUGGUUCUAUAUGAACUGCUUGACAGACACUUGUAACUGUAAUCGGGGCGGAGACUGUGAGUGUCUGUGUACGUCCAUCGCUGCCUAUGCACACACCUGCUGUCAACACGGUGUUACUGUGGUAUGGAGAAACCCCACUGUCUGUCCCUAUGACUGUGAAUACUACAACCAAGAGUUAGGUGAAGGUCCAUUCUCAGUGGCCAGUGCUGUGUUUAAUGCUACAGUCUUCGGUGUGAACAGAACCAGUGGGUCAGUCUUUCCUCUAGUUAGGGAGUUCGUAGGUGGGCUGCCUCCCCCUGGACUACUCUUUAACUUCAUGAUCACAGCAGGACUACAGAAGGACCGCACAUCACGUCUCCCGGUGAUCUCUCUGGAGUCAGCGGAGCGUCCUAACUACUUCCUGGUUGUUUCGGACCGCGCUGGGCUGCGGUUGGAGCAGUGGACAAGAGGGGAGAAGUUUGGCCGCAGGGCUUCCUUCCUACAGCACCAGGGGCUGUUCCUGCCUGGCCACACCUCCUUUGAGCUGAUUGGUCAGCCGGGAGUGUUCCUGACUCUGACACGCACGUCUGCACGCGCUCAGAGAUACGACAACUCAGACAACUUCAAGACCAGCAGCUCCUUUACCCUGGAGGAGAGCAGUGUUGUGAUCCCGUUCCGUAUGAUGUGUGAGUGGCGCUACCAUGCAUGUGCCAGUCCUUGUGUUCGUACAUGCAGCGACCUCGCCGCAACACGCUGCCACUUCCUGCCCCCGGUGGAGGGCUGUUUCCCUCGCUGCCCCAAAAACAUGGUUCUUGAUGAGGUCACCAGGAGAUGUGUCUACACAGAGGACUCUACUACUACUAUCACUACAGCCCCCAAUAUUACCACUACAGCCCCCACUACUACCACUACAGCCCCCACUACUACUACAACUGUUAGGCCUACUAGUACUGCUACUACUACAUCUAGAACCACUACUAGGACCACUACUACUAGUAGCAGAACUACAACCAGCACAACUGUUACUGCCACCAGAGCCCCCACUACUCCCAGUACAGCCCCAUUGACUGAGCGUUUCACCCACACACUCACCCCUGCUCGCUCCCCCUCUCCUCCUCUCCCUUCCCUGCCCUCACCCUCCACCCCCACUGUGACCGAGCACACCACUUCACCUGCAGUCUUUCCCUCUGUCUCCCCCUCUUCCUCACCCACCACUACUAGUAGCACCACUGGGGUCACGGCCCUGACCCCUUCAGAGGUCACUACAGUAGCCUCCCCUACUCCCCCCAGCCUGGCAGUGACCGACUCCACCACUCCACCUCCUCCCCCUUCUGCUACCCCUCCCCAGCCUUCCACCCAGUCUUCUAUCUCUCCCCCAGCCACUACCUCCUUCCUCACCUCCUCUCCCCCUCCUCCUCUCUCCCCCUCCACCCACACCCACACCCCAACCACCACACAAACACAUCAUCCUGUUCCUACGCCCACAGAGACCAUCUCUGUAUUUCCAGUUGUAUAUGACACCUCCUCUGUUACCAUGUCGACAUCACCCCCAGAGACGACGGAGUUCAUAACCACGGAAACAUCCACCAUCACAGACUUCUCUCCUACACCUGAGGCAGUCAGCAUGCCAACAGUGCUGCCCCCCUUCCUCCUGCCCACCGCCCCAUGCACACCCCCGUACUCCUACCGUGUAGAUGAGUGUACAGAGCUGAUCUGUUUUAACGGGGAGCUGCUCCUCCAUAACUCCUCCCUCCACUGUCGGUACAACACCACUCCUCCUCGCUGCUCUCUGCUGGGCAUGGCUGUCCUCACCAACACCGACCCCUGCUGCCCACUCUGGCAGUGCCCCUGUCGCUGCUCGGUGAUGUCAGACCUGCGUGUGAUAACGUUUGACGGUAACAACGUGGCGCUGUAUGAUAAUGGCUCCUACAUCCUGGUCUACCUGCCCAGAGAGAACAUCAUAGGAACAGUGGAUAAAUGCCCUACCAGCCAGAGCGUCAACUCCAUCAGACGACCGAGCCCUAAUGGUGGGACGUCAGGUUUGUGUUUUAAGAAGUUGAACAUCACCACUCCGUCCUACAGGAUUAUCAUCAACCGCCUAGACCGCAAGGUGUCAGUGAACCACAUCAAGGCGCGGCUGCCUUUCUCCCGCCAGGCUCUAUCAGUAGAGGACACAGGCAGCAUGUACCUGAUCACCACUCCUGAAGGAGUCAACAUACAGUGGUACCACAGCACUGGCAUCAUGGUGCUGCAAUACACCGCCCCCUCCAACACAUCUGCUCCUACUAGAGGCCUCUGUGGGUGUUGUGACGGGAACCCGGCGGAUGACCUGAAGCUGCCCAACGGUACGGUUGUGAGGGAGGUGGCAGACCUGGGUCUGUUCCUGCAGGCCUGGAGGGUCCACACCUCAGAGGACACGGAACACACACGACGCAUCGGAGACAACUGUACCACUGGAGACUGCUCUACCUGUCUCUCCAUGCUCAGACAGAGACCCUUCACUCCUUGCCACAGCAAGGUGUCUCCAGAACAGUUCUGUGAUGUGAUGUGGGCAGGCGACCUCCACUAUAAGGCCCACCAGUGUGACUUCCUGGCAGCCUACGUAGCUGUCUGCUACACUUACCAAGUCUGCAUCAACUGGAGACGACACAACUUCUGCCCAUUGAGGUGUCCCCCAGGUAGGGAGUACCAGGCGUGUGUGUCGACCUGUACCACCCGGACCUGUCAGAACAGAGAGUUCUAUGAGGAGACCACCUGCUCCCACAUCCGAGAGGAGUGUGUGUGUCGCUCUGGAACCAUCCUGCACCGUGCAGACUCCUCUUACUGCGUCACAGAGGAGCAGUGUGUGUGUACUGAUAACGAGGGGUCUCCGCGGGCCCCUGGGGAGGUGUGGAACGGGUCAUUGCAUAGCUGCUGUCUGUUCCGCUGCCUGGAGAACGGUUCUGUGGUAGCAGUAGAACCUGACUGUAGCAUUAGUCCCACUCUGCUGUGUGAGAGGGAGGGAGAGUACGUACUGGAUGUACUGGAGGAGGGGGCUUGCUGCCCCAAGCAGAUUUGUGAAUGUAAUCUGACCAUCUGUGAGAGUGAGGCUCCGCCCUGUGAGAAUGGGAACCAGCUGGUGAUUGGUUAUAGUGCCCUGUCCUGCUGCCCAGAGUACCGUUGUGAGUGCGACCCCCAUGCCUGUCUCCCCCUCACCGCCCCUGAUUGUAGAGAAGAUCAGUUCCUAGUGGAGGUUCGUGAGGACAACUCCUGCUGUUACACCUUCCUGUGUGUGUGUGAGUCGUGUAUCGAGCCCGCGCCGUCCUGUUCUUAUGGAGAGAUACUGGCUGUGGAUCUGAACACCACCCACAGCUGCUGCCCUCAAUACCACUGUGUGUGUGACGUGAACCUGUGUCCUGAGUCGACUCUGAGCUGUUCUCCUGGUCUGUCUCUGAUCCAAACAACCCUACCUGGACACUGCUGCCCCGACCGUCACUGUGAGUGCCAGUGUGAGGACAGCCCAGUCUGUCAGGUGGGGGAGGUACAGGUGGAGGUCGCAGACAGCAGAAGCACCUGUGGCUGCCCCCUCUACACCUGCAAGAAGGCAGAGGUGUGUGUGUUCCAGGGAGUCACGGUGCUGGGUCCGGGGCAGAGCCUGAUUCAGUACUAUGAAGGAGAGCUGUGUUACACCGUACACUGUCUGACACAUCGUGAUACACACACUGGAUACUACGCCAUGGACGUGUCCGCUGUCAACUGCUCUCAGAAGUGUGGCCAGCACCAGCUGUACGUAGCAUCUUCAGAUCCUCAGGUGUGCUGUGGCUCCUGUAAGAAUGUCUCCUGUUCUUUCAACAAUGACAACGGAACCACUGAGCUCUUCACUGCAGGGAGCUCCUGGGUGGAUAACUGUACGCGGUAUGAUUGUGUGGAGACGACAGUGGGAACUGUGAUGCUGGCCUCAGGGGUGGUCUGCCCCCCCUUCAACGACACAGAGUGCACUCAGAAUGGGGGCGUGGUCCAGAGCUAUGUGGACGGCUGCUGCAGGACGUGUAAGGAGGACGGCAAGACUUGUAAGCGUGUGGCAAUCCGAACCACCAUCAGAAAAGACGACUGCAGGAGCAACGCACCGGUGACAGUGUUUUCAUGUGAUGGGAAGUGUCCGUCUGCCACCAUCUUUAACUUCAACAUCAACAGCCACGCCCGCUUCUGCAAGUGCUGCAGGGAGAGUGGACUACAAACCCGCUCCGUCACCCUGUACUGCUCACACAACGCUACCCUGGUGGUCUACAGCUUCCAGGAGCCUGUCGACUGCUCCUGCCAAUGGAACUAAAGAGAGAGCGAAGCUAGUCAGUGUGAGCUCCAGUAUGGCGUUCAAUAGGAGGGAUGGAAGAUGGAACAGAGGUUAGAGGUCAGAGGUCAGAGUAGACAGGUCAAGCGUCCAGGUAGGCGAGUUCUUUAGUCUUCCUUCAGUGUGUUGUGGAGGGCUGUAUGCUGACCUGUUAUAGUGACCCUGUCGUUACAGAUAUGUAGUGGUCAGAUGUGCAGGGCUGUAACCUGUUCCUGCUGUACUAUGAUAACACUAGUCCUAUCUGUACUGCUGUAGCCUGCUCCUCCUCGUGUGUAACACUAGCUAGUCCUCUCAGACUUUAUCACGUUUAGAUCAGUUGGUCUGAGCUGACAAGACCACUGCUGCUUUAGUAUGGAUCUAGUGCUCUCUUGAUGACUGACAUGUUUUAUAUGCCAAUCAAAUUUAUCUUACAAAAUAGUUAUUUUUUUUACAAGUGUAAAGCUUUUAUCCAAAAAUAUUUGUAUUUAACUCAAUCAAUUAUUUAGUAAGGUGAUAAUCCACCUGAGCAUCUGAUGGUAGAUGAUCUGUAUUUCAAGAGAACGCUGUAUUUGUUGUGUUGUUUAAUGUGAAGCAUUGUGCCAGUAAUCAGUAUGUGCUGAUGCCAUCAGAUAGACUAGAGUCUCUAGUCAUGCAGAACCUCUCAGAAUAAAACAAUAAAACAUUUAACAAUGA